UUCUGAUCUUGGAGCGGUGGGUUUCUUUUCUCUUUCUGCAACUAACUAUGCAGCCGAUUCCUGAUGUUAAUCAACGCAUUGCUCGAAUCUCUGCUCAUCUUCAUCCUCCCAAGUAUCAGAUGGAGGAGAGUUCAGUUUUGAGGAGGGCGAAUUGCCGGGCCAAAGGCGGAGCUCCCGGGUUCAAAGUCGCAAUACUUGGGGCUGCCGGUGGCAUUGGCCAGCCACUUGCGAUGUUAAUGAAGAUGAAUCCUCUGGUUUCUGUUCUGCAUCUAUAUGAUGUAGUCAAUGCCCCUGGCGUCACUGCUGAUAUUAGCCACAUGGACACGGGUGCUGUGGUGCGUGGAUUCUUGGGGCAGCAGCAGCUAGAGGCUGCGCUUACUGGCAUGGAUCUUGUUGUAAUCCCUGCGGGCGUUCCUCGGAAACCAGGAAUGACAAGGGAUGAUCUAUUCAAAAUAAACGCAGGAAUUGUCAAGACUCUUUGCGAAGGGAUUGCAAAGUGUUGUCCUACAGCCAUUGUCAACCUGAUCAGUAAUCCUGUGAACUCCACCGUGCCCAUUGCAGCUGAAGUUUUCAAGAAAGCUGGAACUUAUGAUCCAAAGCGACUUCUAGGAGUUACAAUGCUUGACGUCGUCAGAGCCAAUACCUUUGUGGCAGAAGUAUUGGGUCUUGAUCCUCGGGAUGUUAAUGUUCCAGUUGUUGGCGGUCAUGCUGGUGUAACCAUUUUACCCCUUCUAUCUCAGGUCAAGCCUCCAAGUUCUUUCACACAAGAAGAGAUUAAUUACCUGACUGAUAGGAUUCAAAAUGGUGGAACAGAAGUUGUUGAGGCCAAAGCAGGAGCUGGUUCAGCAACUCUCUCAAUGGCAUAUGCUGCCGUUAAGUUUGCAGAUGCAUGCCUCAGGGGCUUAAGAGGAGAUGCUGGUGUUGUUGAAUGCGCGUUCGUGUCUUCUCAGGUGACCGAACUUCCAUUCUUUGCAACAAAAGUACGACUUGGCCGCAAUGGUAUAGAUGAAGUAUACUCCCUUGGCCCGCUAAAUGAGUACGAGAGGAUUGGAUUGGAGAAAGCAAAGAAAGAGUUGGCAGGAAGCAUUGAGAAAGGAGUUUCCUUCAUCAGAGGCUGAAGAGAUGCCAAUUACAAUUAGUUUUAAUAGAAACAUUCUGUCUCUUAUAGAUUACUUGUCCCAUAUGUUCUCCUAGAGAUUGAAGUUGAAACCACACUUCUUUUUAUACUAAUAAAACUAUAUCGCCAUCAUGUCGAUAUUUAAUGCACAACCAAAAUGGUUGGAUU